CUGGGCGCUAGUUUAAAAAUAAAGGAUAUUACACUUCAUCUUCGGCGCCGGUCCGGAGCGGCUGCGGGAGGAGAGGCGGCACAAAGGCGAUGCGCUGGACAAUGCUGUGUGAGUCAGAUGCACGUAUGGCACUUGCAGAACCAGUCCCCACGGCUUAUUUUACUUCAGAUCCUCAAGGGAACUGUGAGGUGUCACUGGAUGAUGUACUGCUCAGCUCUUCAACUGGAACUGUUGAGGUCCACGGCACUGAGACAGCUGCAGGUGCUAAGGCAGAGGGAUGUCAGACAGACACGCUUGGUUUCCGAGCCUCUUCACCUCCUCCCUCCAGCGUGUGGACCACACGACGAGAUGGAGAAGUCAGGCUGAGGAUGGAUGAGCAGGGCAUAGGCAGUGAGGCACCAAAGACCGUUCAUGAGCUCUUCCAGGAAGCUGCUAGUAAAUAUGGUGAUUAUUAUGCCCUUGCAUCCAAGAAGGGUGGCCAGUGGAUAAAACUAACGUAUAAGAUGUACUAUGAUGAGUGCUGGAAAGCAGCAAAAAGCUUUCUGAAGCUGGGACUAGAGCGUUUCCAUGGAGUGUGCAUCUUGGGAUUUAAUGCUGCAGAGUGGUUUAUUGCUGACAUUGGAGCUAUCCUUGCAGGUGGAUUUGCUGUUGGUAUCUACACUACCAACUCUCCUGAGGCCUGCUGUUACGUAGCAGAGAGCUGUAGUGCCAACGUUCUGGUUGUGGAAAACCAUAAACAGCUACAGAAAAUCUUAGAAAUUCAGCAUAAACUACCUCAUCUGAAAGCUAUUGUCCAGUAUGGGGAAGAGCUGAAAGAGAAGAGACCAAAUCUGUACUCUUGGAGCGAGUUCAUGGCCCUUGGCAAAGAUGUUCCAGAUACUCAGCUCCGUGAAAUUGUUGACUCGCAGAAGCCCAACCAGUGCUGUACACUGAUCUAUACCUCGGGGACAACUGGGCAGCCCAAGGGAGUAAUGCUCAGUCAUGACAACCUGACGUGGACGGCGGCGGCGGCGGGGCGUUUCAUAAUGCUGAAAGAUGCUAAAGAAAAGCAGGAACUGGUGGUCAGCUACCUGCCCCUCAGCCAUAUUGCAGCCCAGAUGUCAGAUAUUUGGUCGGCAAUGACGUUUGGUGUUCAAGUUUUCUUUGCUCAGCCAGAUGCAUUAAAGGGCACUUUGGUAGACACCCUGCGGGAAGUGAGACCAACUGCUUUUUUGGGAGUUCCUCGCGUCUGGGAGAAAAUGGAAGAAAAAAUGAAAUCCAUAGGGGCAAAAUCAUCAACACUCAGAAGAAAAGUGGCGUCAUGGGCCAAGGGGGUCGGGCUGCAGACAAACCUGAAGCGGAUGAACGGGUAUUCUGAAGUCCCGAUGAAUUUCCACUUAGCCAGGCACUUGGUGUACAAGAAAGUGCGAAAGGCCAUUGGGCUGGACCGGUGCACCAAGUGCUACACGGGGGCUGCUCCCAUUACCAGGGAGACGCUGGAAUUUUUUUUAAGUCUGAACAUUCCCGUGCUUGAGCUGUACGGCAUGAGUGAGAGCUCUGGGCCUCACACAAUCUCUCUACCUCAUGCGUUCAAGCUGACCAGCUGCGGAAAGGCCCUCACAGGCUGCCAGACACUGAUUCAUAAGCCAGAUGGAGAUGGCAACGGGGAGAUCUGCUUCUCAGGAAGGCACAUCUUCAUGGGCUACUUGAACAUGGAAGAAAAAACCAAAGAGGCCAUCGAUGAAGAUGGCUGGCUGCAUUCAGGUGACCUUGGCAAGCAUGAUAAAGAUGGAUUCCUCUAUAUCACUGGCAGAAUUAAAGAGCUCAUCAUCACUGCAGGAGGUGAGAACAUUCCUCCCGUUCCCAUCGAGGACGCUGUAAAAGAUGCUCUUCCCCUCAUCAGCAAUGCCAUGUUGGUUGGAGACAAAGAAAAAUUCCUUGCUAUGCUUCUAACGCUAAAGUGCAAGUCGGACGGAGAAACGGGCGAGCCCUUGGAUGACCUGGCUCCAGAAGCUGUUGAAUACUGUCAGAAACUGGGCAGCAAAGCCACCAAAGUCUCGGAAAUCAUCAGCAGCAAAGACAAGGCCGUCUACGCAGCCAUCCAGAAGGGAAUUGCAGCAGUCAACGAGGGAGCGGUCUCGAAUGCCCAGAAAGUCCAGAAGUGGGUCCUUCUGGAGAAGGACUUCUCCGUCUUGGGGGGAGAGCUUGGCCCCACCAUGAAGCUGAAGCGACCAGCGGUGGCCCAGAAGUACAAAGCCCAAAUCGCCCAGUUCUACGCGGAGGCGGAGGCGCCCUCGGCCCCUGCUGCUCGGCAGUAGCGCGGGGCCCUCGGGCUGAAGGAAACCCGAUUCUCCUCCCGUGGCUCCUGUUGGAAUAAAAGCAGCCCCGGUCCCGCAGCCCUCCCGACCCGCGUCCGGCCCUCGUGCCGCAGUGUGGUGAGCGUGUCCGUGCCCGGUGUGUUCCUGUCUGUGUUCGGUGCUGAGGUAUCCCCAAAUAUCUCUGCUUUGGUUUUGUCUUUACAUUUUUAUAAGGGCAAUACCAACAUUUACCUUAAAUCCACGUUAUGUUUUAACCAAAGUUGGUUCGUUUUUUUUUGUUUUUUUUUUUUCCUGAGCUGAAUGUAAAACAAUCAGGAACUGCAGUUUUCCUGCUGAGGGAGAAAGGCAGAUUUCUUUUUAUAGCAGUGUACUUCCCUCCCCCUGAUGCACGUUUAACUGCAUGCUGCUGAUAUCUGAAUUAUUUUACAUCUCUUUACCCACAAACUCUUAUGUCGGGUGGUGAAGGCCGUGUGGCUGCACACACUGGCUCAGUGGGGAUGUAGAACCUCACGUUUGCUGGGUUUGUCUGUGCAAUAUUUUUGAGUCUGAUUUAUCUUGAGGUAUAAUGAAGCCAUAAACUGUUAAAAUAACAUACCCGGUCUGUGCUCUGGAGUGUUGCAGGCAAGGGCCUAGUGCCAAGGGCUGUAGUUUAGUCCUAGAAACGCUGGUCGGCACCUCCUGAAAGGGGCAGAACUGGAAGGGGGGGUGCAGGCUUUGUAGCUGCUCCUGCGGCGAGGAGAUGGUGUUGGGAACCCCGAGCUCCUACGGAAGGUCCAUGAUCGACCCCUGGAGGCCCCUCACCCCAAUUCACUCACCGAGGGACACCCGGGGUCGCCUUCUCCCAGCCUGGGGAGAAGCACCUGCUACUGGUAGCUCCUGAGUUUCUUCUCACUGGUUCUGCAAAGCUCGUUCCAGUCUGCCCAGUGCCUGGAGGGCCCGUUGCUCCCCACAGCAGAUGAAGGAUCACUUGUAAAAUGGUUUACUCUGAACUCGAAAUCACGACCUGAACGCAAGUGGAGCUGGAGGCAGCUGCGCUGUGGAACAAUGGGGAUGGGGGGUCACCCUCACAGCACUGUGGGGGCAGGAACGGGACCUGGACCAGGUACCUUAGGCGGGGCUUAAACUUAAAACUUGGCACCUGCUCUGGGCUCAGGGAAAUUCCACUUGCACACGCCCGGUGGGGUAACGCGCUGUUGUAACCGCUGCUGAUUGUGCGCAAACGUUUUGUGUUCUUGGCUGAGUUGGAAGCGGCCCCAUGGUUCGGAGGAACGUCUAAUAAAUACCCGCUGCA